AUGGUUAAAUAUUAUACAUCAAUUGAAGCUUCUAUAUUUUAUUUAAAAAAAAUUAGGAAAAGGUUAUUUCUUAACAUGGAUGUCAUCCAUGUUUCCUAGUGAACUUAAGCAUCAUUUAUUUGUAGUGUUAAACAAAACCUCAAAAUUUGAUAGGGAACCACUUUGUCCUACAAUGUUCAAACUUCAAACUUGAGCAUCAUCUUCUUGGCAUUAACUAUUGUUGCAAUCUGAUCCUUGGGGCCUGCCAUGGGUCCUCUUUCUCUCUCUCCUCUCCACAAGCCAUUUUGAUGGAGAAGCGGCGCCAUGUUAAUUCCUCCAUUGUCAACUCUUCAUACACUAUAAAUAAGCAUUCUUUCUCUCCACCACAACAUUCAUUAAUUUCCCACCAAAACAUACUUCAAAAUAUACAACUUAUAAAACUUUGUUGUUGUUGUUGUUGUUAGAAAUGGAGGAAGGUGUAGGAACUCCGGGGAGCUCAAUGCAUGGUGUGACUGGUCGAGAACCAGCUUUCGCACUCAACGUGAACUCCCCGAGCAUCCCGACUGAUACCACUGCCAAGUUCGACCUCCCUGUCGACUCUGAACACAAGGCGAAAACCUUCAAGCUUUUCUCUUUGAAAAAUCCUCACAUGCGAACUUUCCAUUUAUCAUGGAUUUCCUUCUUCACUUGUUUUGUCUCAACUUUCGCCGCGGCUCCUUUAGUUCCUAUCAUCCGUGAUAACCUUAAUCUCACCAAAACCGAUGUUGGUAAUGCCGGUGUUGCUUCAGUUUCCGGCAGUAUUUUCUCUAGGCUUGUUAUGGGGGCUGUUUGUGACUUGCUCGGUCCCCGCUACGGUUGUGCAUUCCUCAUCAUGCUGUCUGCACCAACUGUUUUCUGCAUGUCUCUUGUUUCCUCUGCCACUGGUUACAUCGUCAUGAGGUUCAUGAUUGGGUUCUCUCUGGCGACAUUCGUGUCGUGCCAGUACUGGAUGAGCACUAUGUUCAACAGCAAGAUCAUUGGGACAGUGAACGGAACGGCAGCUGGAUGGGGGAACAUGGGCGGCGGCGCAACCCAGUUACUGAUGCCACUGGUCUAUGAGCUUAUUCAUAAGAUUGGCGCCACCCCUUUCACUGCUUGGCGUAUCGCUUUCUUCAUCCCUGGCUUUAUGCAUGUAAUCAUGGGGAUCUUCGUCCUCACCCUCGGCCAAGAUCUCCCAGAUGGCAACCUCAGCAGCCUCCAAAAGAAAGGAGAUGUCAACAAGGACAAGUUCUCCAAGGUACUAUGGUAUGCAGUCACCAACUACAGGACAUGGAUCUUUGUCCUCCUCUAUGGCUACUGCAUGGGAGUAGAGCUCACCACAGACAACGUCAUCGCUGAGUACUUCUUCGACAGAUUCAAUCUAAACCUCAGAACAGCCGGCAUUAUUGCUGCCUGCUUUGGCAUGGCAAACAUUGUUGCCCGACCAUUUGGUGGCUACAUGUCAGACUUGGGUGCAAGGAAGUUUGGAAUGAGAGGCCGUCUUUGGAAUGUAUGGAUCCUCCAGACACUUGGUGGUGCAUUCUGCCUCUGGCUUGGCCUUGCCAACAGUCUUCCGAUUUCCGUCUUUGCAAUGAUAUGUUUCUCUAUCUGUGCACAAGCAGCAUGCGGUGGAAUCUUCGGUGUCAUCCCUUUCAUCUCAAGAAGAUCUCUGGGGAUAAUCUCCGGCAUGACAGGCGCCGGAGGGAACUUUGGCUCCGGGCUUACCCAGCUCCUUUUCUUCACCAGCUCAAAGUACUCAACGGCCAAAGGACUAUCAUACAUGGGGAUCAUGAUCAUGGCUUGCACUCUGCCGGUGACUCUGGUGCACUUCCCUCAAUGGGGGAGCAUGUUCCUUCCUGCAUCUCAGAAGUCUACUGAAGAGCAUUACUACACUUCUGAGUGGACUGAGGAGGAGAGACACCAGGGGUUGCACCAAGCCAGUCUCAAGUUCGCCGAGAACAGCAGGUCGGAAAGGGGCAAGCGCAUUGCCUCAGCUCCAACACCACCAAACUCUACACCUGUGCAUGUCUAAGCUUCGAUAAUGUCUUUAAGAUAAAUAAUCAAGUGCUUGUUCUCAAACUUCAUGCAAGAUCAUUUAAAAGAAUUCUACUUCAA